UCUUUUGGUGAAUUUUGGUGUUUCUUUAUUCAUGUACACUCAUUUUAUGUAAUGUUUAUGCUUUGAAAGCAGGAGUAGCAUAUUUAAUGAGUUGUGUUAUUUGUCUUGUUCACAUGAUGAAAGAAAAGCAGAGAAAAGAGGAGAAAAGUACUACACGGAAGAAGAAACUAACAUCAGAGUUUUUGGAGACGUGUUACAUCAUAAAGUUUGCAUUAUACAUGUUAAGGUGCAGGUGCAUAAAGGUGCAGUUUGGAGUAAAUGCCUUUUGCUCCCUUUGUGUUUGAGCCCUGUCUGCCUGUCUCAGUGGGAGGGGUGAUGCUGCUCCAGCUCCUGUCACACAUGCUGUACAGCAACAAUAAUAUUUGGAGAGUUACAAGUGGCUGCGGUCUGCAGCACAAACCGAGACGCAUGACCAAUGAGCACUCUCUUGCGCGCAUACUCAGAUUUCAGUUGACACUGAUCAUCAGUGUUUAUGCGCGACUUUAAAGCUCAGCAGCUCCGAGAACUUGGUGGCCAGAGUGGAAACGGUGCAAGAUGGGAGAGAAGCAGGAAAGCAGCGCGGGUGCAUAGUUUUCUGAGAACAAGCGGCGCUCCGUGCAAUUGCGCACAACUUCUUGCUGCAUGCAAACGCACCGCAGCUGAAUUACAGAGUGGACUUUGCAGAGCAGGAGCAGACAUGGCUAUACUUAUUAGUUCUUUGAUCGUUUUUACAAAAGUGCUUCUUUAUAUGAAAUUAACACAUUGCAUGGAGGUAGAUUUCUGCAUACCUGUUCGCGUGGAUCACCAAAAGCAUGAAAAGCAUCUGCACCGGCGCGCGGAGCAGAUGAAUGAAAGACAAAUUGUCUUUAGGCUAAAUGCAUUUAAACAUGAAUUCUACCUGCACCUCAUGCCGGAUUCUAGUUUCCUUGCAUCGGGCAUCAUGCCACCCGAUAACGGCUCCUCAGCAUCCAACGCCUCUGCAACCGCUGACCUCAGGGAAUGCUUCUACUCCGGUGAUGUCAACUCAGACCCGGACUCUUUCGCCGCGCUCAGCCUGUGUAAAGGUCUUCACGGGGGGUUCUCCUAUAACGGCAUGGAAUACUUCAUCAGCCAGACCAGGAGUGAAGAAGCUGCAGUCGCGUCUGGAUUUGGAAACACUUUCGACAGGACGCAUGUCAUCCGCCGCCGUAGAGGCGCUGCGCACCCGGGCGGCAACUUCACCAGCAGGUGUGGAGUUACACCUGACUCCAACUUCAGCGCUUCCCUGGAGAAAUACAAGUACAUGAGCGAACUGGAGAUUGAUGGCUUAACUGAAACUGUGUUAAAAACCUUGGGGAGGUCCAAAAGGUUUGCCUCCAUCCCCAGGUUUGUGGAGGUGCUGGUGGUGGCAGAUGAAUCUAUGGCUAAAUUUCACGGGGAUGACCUGAAGCAUUACCUCCUGACCCUGAUGUCAGUCGCAGCCAGGCUUUACAAGCACCCCAGCAUUCUCAACUCCAUAAACAUAGUGGUUGUGGGCUUUAUGGUGAUAAAUGAAGCUGACAAGGGACCUAAGGUUUCCAGUAAUGCAGCCCUGACUCUGCGCAACUUCUGCUCCUGGCAGAAGAAGUUGAAUAAACACAACGACAAGCACCCUGAGUACUGGGACACCGCUAUACUGUUCACCAAACAGGAUCUUUGCGGGUCCACAACCUGUGAUACACUGGGGAUGGCUGACGUUGGGACCAUGUGUGACCCGAAGAGGAGCUGCUCUGUCAUCGAGGAUGACGGCUUGCCCUCUGCAUUCACAACUGCCCAUGAACUUGGCCAUGUCUUCAACAUGCCCCAUGACAAUGUUAAGGCAUGUGAGGAGGUAUUUGGGAAACUAAAGGACAACCACAUGAUGUCUCCCACACUGAUUCAGAUCGACAGGAGCCGGCCCUGGUCUGUGUGCAGUGCAGCCAUCAUUACCGAGUUCCUGGACAGAGGUCAUGGAGACUGUCUGCUGGACCAGCCUCAGAAGCAGCUGUCUCUCCCAGACAACCUGCCCGGCUCCAGCUACAGCCUGCAUCGUCAGUGUGAGUUGGCCUUUGGCCCAGGCUCUAAGCCCUGCCCCUACAUGCACUCCUGCUCCAGGCUGUGGUGCACCGGGAAGGCCCGUGGACAGCUGGUCUGCCAAACCCGACACUUCCCCUGGGCAGACGGCACCAGCUGUGCCAACGGCAAGGUCUGCUACCGAGGGGCAUGCACUGAUAAGAACAGCACCAUGCACACCAAGGUGGAUGGCCGGUGGGGGAAGUGGGGUGCAUUUGGAGAGUGUUCCCGAAGUUGUGGUGGAGGAGUCCAGCUGGCCAAGAGAGAGUGUGACAACCCUGUUCCUCAGAAUGGAGGCAAAUACUGCUAUGGCCUUCGUAUCAAAUAUCGCUCCUGCAACCUCAACUCUUGUCCUGAAACAGGUAAGAGUUUCCGUGAGGAGCAGUGUGAGGCAUUCAAUGGCUUAAACCUGAACACCAAUAGACUGGGCGCCUCCGUGGUCUGGGUUCCCAAAUAUUCGGGAAUUUCUCCCAAGGACAAAUGCAAGCUCAUCUGCCGUGCCAACGGGACUGGGUACUUCUAUGUUCUUGCACCAAAGGUUGUGGAUGGGACACCCUGCUCUCCCGACACCUCAGCUGUAUGUGUUCAGGGAAAAUGCAUCAAAGCAGGCUGCGAUGGGAAGCUGGACUCUAACAAGAAGUUUGACAAGUGUGGUGUGUGUGGCGGUGACAACCAGGGCUGCAAGAAGGUCUCAGGGAUGUUCACCAAACCCAUUCAUGGCUACAACUUUGUGGUGGUGUUGCCUGUUGGCGCCUCCAACAUUGACAUCCGCCAGCGUGGCUACCGAGGAAUGGUCAGUGAUGAAAACUACUUAGCAGUUAAGAAUCGACACGGCAAGUACCUGUUGAAUGGCAACUACGUGGUGUCAGCUGUGGAGCGCGACCUGCUGGUGAAGGGCAGCCUACUGCGCUACAGCGGCACCUCCACAUCUGUGGAGAUCUUGCAGGCCACCAGACCCCUCCAAGAGCCUCUGACUGUGGAGGUGCUCUCAGUCGGGAAGAUGACUCCUCCCAGGGUGCGCUACUCCUUCUAUAUGGCCAAGGAGAGUAAGGAAGAGAAGACUCUGCGGAAAGAGGAUAGAAGCCACGCAGCACAGAAUAGUGUCUUGGCGGAUAGUAACAAAGUAGAAGCUAAGAAGCAGUUGAUGGGUAAGAGGCCGGUCAGUCACUGGGUGACAGGAAGUUGGGAUGCAUGCACGGUGACAUGUGGUAAUGGUCUGCAAAAGAGGCUGGUACAGUGCCAAAGCAUGGAAGGGCGUCCUGCAGCAGACUGUGCCAGUGCUGAUAAGCCUGUCGCAGUGAGAGCAUGCGGGGAUCCAUGUCCCAUAUGGGAUGUAGGGGUCUGGUCUCACUGCUCCAAGUCUUGCGGAAGGGGCUUUAAAAGGCGGCCAGUGCGCUGUGUGACUGAGAAUGGUCUUAAUCUACCCAGAGACCACUGCUCUGGAAGGAGGAAGCCUCAGGAACUAGACCUCUGCAAUCUGAAGCCAUGUUAGAGCAGAAUAGACACAGUCUGAGAACGUACCUUUGGCAGUCGAAAUGACAAUUUGACAUGGACAUUAGCCCAAAUCAUCAUGCUAAUGAUUUUAUGGCUUUUGUUGGGUGAAAAUACACUCAAAUGCAGCUGCAACUGUGUCUGAAGGGAUGUCUGCUCAGAAGAAAGCCAGUGGAGACAGAGAGGGUCUUCCUCCAUGUUUGCAAAGACAGACAUCUGUUUACAUAAGAGAAAAGAAGGAAAGCUGUUGUCUCCUAAACUGUCAAACCAUCUGUGGCAGGUUUGACUUAUGGUUAGUCUACCUCUACCAGGACAGAUGACACAUGCCUGUGCAUAUACACUAACGAACAGAGAUCUAGAUGAAGACAUUCAUCACACACAUCUGCACACACGUCAUUUCUUGGUAUGAAUGGGAUGAGGUUUCAAAAGCAGAGAGAAGUGAAAGUUCAGGACAAACAGAUGAAAAGGUGAGCAUCAACACUCACACUGUGCUGUUAUCAGAAGCAAUGACAUUUUUCUCAUUUCAGUGAGGAACUAAUCGAAAUGUGAAACACAGUACUGUAUCUGCAACGUUCAACACCUGGAAUUUAUUUUUCUGUUUUUGUCGGUUCAGUGCUAUUGGCUGUUGUCAAACUAUCUGGCUGAUGUAGCAAAAUGAAAAUCAGCAGUCUGUCACGCUGCCAUUCAGAGUCAGUUCAUCUUAACAACAAGCUUUACAUACCUUCCCAAAUGAAAAACUGUCAGUAUGUCCUACAUACUUGAUAUAAUCUUACAUUUUCACACAAAUUAUGAAUUGGAUCAAAGAAUUCCUGAAUUUUUCUCAUGACCAAAAAUCUGAAAACAUUUAUAAUAUAACAUUUUAUAAGGAAAUUAGUUAGUUUAGCUUUUAACACGUUCCGUACAUGAAUGUAGGCUGUUAUAUGGUGCAAUCAUCUGUGUCUGUUCUGUGUUAAGCAAACCGACCAGUGCUGAAGCUCAGCUGUUUGUUCUGCACUGCCAAAGAGUUAUAACCUUCAAAAGUCUUAGUAUUGUGAGAAGCAUCUCUCUGCAUGAGGUGAACAGAAGCAUGGCUCACUCAAAGUAUCAUCACUGUGCAUUUUCGUAAUUGAGAUCUUCAAGCAGUGUUUCCCAACUGGCAAAACCUCAUAAUGAAAACUAAAUAACUGAAGUUUAAUUGGAUCACUUAAAAACACAAUAUGUAAUUUCUGCCACUAUGGGUCUCUCAAUCAAAACGAUAACAAAAGACGGAGUUUGAUGACGUUGUCAAGUAGUGUGGGAUAAUGGGAGUUGUCUUGUUAAACAACCAACUUCUCCUGUUUUAGGAUUCCUUCAGUGUUCAUCAUUCAGGAUGUUUUUACCGGGCGCUGAAUUAUCC